AUGGACCAGCGAACGAGGCUUCGCAAGGCCUGCGAUGCCUGCAGUAUUCGCAAAGUGAAGUGUGAUACCGGUGGGCCGCCGUGUCGGUCAUGCGCUAGCUUGGAGAUUCCAUGCACCUAUGAAAGACCCAGUAGACGUCGCGGUCCUCCCAACCGCCACGCAGAGGCCUUUAAGAAACAAAAGCGUGAACCCGAGACUUCCUUGAGUCCAGCAGAUUAUCCCUUGGCGACCCCACAGCCAACGCCGGCGACCCCGGUACCUUUGGUCAACCAGUUGGCGUCGCCCUUGUCGGCGGAGUCGAUCUGUUCGUUGCGCACAGUGCAACUACUGCUCGAUGACUUUUUUACUUACAUUCACCCGUUGGUUCCGAUUCCCCAUGAGCCCUCCUUCCGAGCGGCCUUCGAGCGUCGCGAGGAUGUGACCAGCCACACCUUUUUGGCUCUGCUGGCCUCGAUGAUCGGUCUACUAGUGGCUUCCUUUCCGCGCAGGCCCAAGUUGCGGUUGAAUACGGAAGCCGAGCGCACUGCAUUUCCUAAUUCCAUCGCGUUGGUAAAGCGAUGCUUGGACGUGGCCAUCCAGGCUCGGGGUACGGGAUAUCUCGAUCGUGACGCCACGGUCUACGAUGCAGCGAUCAGUUACUUUGUGGCAAUCUGUACGGGCUAUAUCAACAACAUGAGUCGGUGUCGCGUCUACCUGUCCGAAUGUCGGGUCAUGCUCCAGGUCUACGAUCUGUGCAGACCCGCCCCGUCGACGCUGGGGCUUAACGUGGGAUCGCCAGCGGCAAAUUUCUCAGACUACCCACCACCUAAUUUCAUGGAAAGCCAAAGAAGUGAUAUCAUUACUCAAGAACUAGGCCGGCGACUGUUUUAUGUCACCCUCGUCGGGUACCAAACGCUGCAUCAGAUGGGAAACUCAGAUUACAAAACUCAUGUUCCCCCCGAGACUCCAACUCAUCGCUAUCCUCCAAUGCCGUUGGAGAUUGAUGAUGCGUUCUUAUUCCCGUCACACGUCGAACCUCAGCCAUCCGAUCGUGUCUCACAGCUAGUCGGGUUCAACGCAAAUGUCCGCGUCUGCAGCUCAUAUACCGCUCUCAUAUCCUGGGAGAUUGCUUUUGGCAGUGGGCAAAUCUUCGACUGGGACCACCAGCGCAAUAGUCUCUGGGGCUGUCUUCAAACAGCCAAGUCCACUCUACUUGAUGUUCCCAUUGAACUCUCUCUUCGUCACCCGGAGAUCACCUCUGCUGCAGGCCUGUCGGGCGUCGGUGAAGAUGGUAGCGUAUUUGGCUACUCCGAUGACCACAUCCACCAAGAAAGACGUGCCAUCCAGUACGAGAUCCAGAAAGCCAACAUUUACGCCAGUCAGUUGUGCACUCGAUCCUAUAUCGUCGAGAAGUACUGGAGCCUGUUUGAAAUCUACUCGAAAUACGGGAAGUCGUCCAAAUUCACCGCACCCGGCAGCACCGCGCUUCAAUUCAAGCAGGAAGGCAAUCCAGACCAACUCUCAACAUCCACUCCAUUCCAAACAGCAACCUCAAUCCCGCCUACUGCCACCAGCCCAUCGACACCCAGCAUCCAGAUCCAAACCCAAACCCACCUCCAGGCAGACCCCAUUGGCCAUACAAUGGCCGAAGAGCGCAAGCUAGUCAUUAAAGACCUCUUCGUUCUACUACGCACCGUCAACGAAGUAAACAUGGAGCCCAACGGCGCAAGCAUCACCGCAAAAAUCCGCCAAGUAGCAUCCACCCUUCUUAAUCUCCCGCGCCCUAAACCCACCGAGAUGCCUGUCCCACCAUCCCCGUCGGGUCCGCAUGUUCUCACAUCCACGGAAGCAGAGUCUUACCUACACGCCUUCAUCGAGACUCUUGUUAGGCUGGAGUGCCAUUCUUCUAUGGCUGAUUCAGCGGCCGAAAGCGUGAGUCCGCAGAUGAAUGGCCGCGCCAUGAGUUAUCUCAGUGACUACGAGCGUGAUCAGGAGGAAUUGAGUCAGUGGGCGAGUCUGAAGGAGUAUCAGCAGAAGUUCGCGGAGGCUGGGGGUAUGAUGUAUCAAUUGUAG